AGAAUUUAAAAAACUAAAAAUGACAGAAAUGCAAGAAGAAUCUGAUAAAAUCGAUCAUUCUUUAAUAGAAGAAUUUGGUUUUGAUACUCUGAAGAAAAAGAAAAAAAACAAGAAAGUUUCAUUUAAUAGUGAUAAUGAGUCCCUAAAUGAGGAUGGAAAUGUUUCAGGGGAUGAGGUAAAGAUAGUUUCUGAUGGAGAUGCAGAAGUAGAUGAAAUGACAAAUAUGUUUGCUAGUUUGAAGAAGAAAAAGAAACAGACAGUGAAUUUUGGACAAGGAGAUGAGGAUGAUUUAAAAGAAUUGGAAGAAAAUGAUGGAAAAGAUUUUUUAAAUGAGGCUUUUGAUUCAAAUGAAGGAAUGAAGAAAAAGAAGAAAAAAAUGAAUAUGGAAGUAUUUGAUAUGGCAUUGAAUGAUUCAAAUGUGAAAGGGGAUUCAGAAGCGAUGGCUAGUUCAUUUAAUGGAGGAGAGAAAGAUAGUCAAGGAUGUCUUAAAACGGACAGAGAUUAUACAUAUGCUGAACUUCUUUCUCAGAUUUUUAAAAUUUUACGUCAAAAUAAUCCUGAAUUAGCUGGUGAAAAAAAACGGUAUACUAUUGUUCCUCCUACUAUAUAUCGAGAAGGAAAUAAGAAAACGAUUUUUGCUAAUGUUAUUGAUAUUUCUAAAAGAAUGCAUCGAAAUUCUGAACAUGUUAUUCAGUUUUUAUUUGCUGAAUUGGGUACGAGUGGAAGUGUAGAUGGUAGUGCUAGAUUAGUUAUUAAGGGAAAAUUUCAGCAAAAACAGAUUGAAAAUGUUCUCAAAAGAUAUAUUGUUGAAUAUGUUACAUGUAAAAUCUGCAAAUCUCCAGAUACCUUAUUAACUAAAGAAAAUCGUAUAUAUUUUAUGACAUGCGAGUCUUGUGGAAGUAAAAGAUCAGUUAGUGCAAUAAAGACUGGCUUUAGGGCUCAAACAGAGAAACGGAAACGUUAAUUAUAUAUUAAGAUAUGACUAUGGAAUUAAAAUU